AUGGGAGAAGCUCAAGAACUGCAACUCAACAUCAUAGUCCAGGAUUCACAUGAAGCAAAUCACCAAGGGUGCACAGAUGUUCCCAAACAACCAGUGCUUCCCUGGCGUAGAAAUUUGAACUGGUGGCUUAGAAUUGCCAUUUAUACGCUGUUCGUCAUUGCCGGCCAGUCAGCUGCAACACUUCUAGGAAGAUUAUACUAUAACAAAAGUGGCAAAAGCAAAUGGCUGGGAACACUUGUACAACUUGCUGGCUUCCCCAUCCUCCUUCCCUACUAUUGCAUCCCAGCAAGCAGAAGAAACCCAACCACAAACAUCACUACUAAUAAUAUCCCAUUGAAAUCACCCUCUACCUUAAUCCUUGCAUCAAUUUAUGUCUCUCUUGGCCUUUUGGUAGCAUUAUGCUGCUUCUUGUACUCUGUUGGCCUAUCUCUCCUUCCUGUAUCUACUUAUUCUCUCAUUUGUGCAUCUCAACUAGCCUUCAAUGCACUUUUCUCCUUCUUCCUCAACUCACAAAAGUUCACUCCCUACAUUGUCAAUUCUCUGGUUCUCCUCACCAUCUCCUCCACCCUCCUUGUGCUCCAAGGCGGCGACUCUGCAGACGAUCCAACUGGAGGCUCGAAAACAAAGUAUGUGAUUGGGUUUCUAUGCACAGUUGGGGCAUCAGCCGGAUAUGGAUUAGUGCUUUCUCUAACACAGCGUGUCUUCAGAGAAGUUAUAAGAAAGGAGACAUUUGCAGUGAUCUUGGAUAUGAUAGUGUAUCAAUCUCUAGUUGCAACCUGUGCUGUCUUGGUGGGACUUUUCGCCAGUGGAGAGUGGAGGGGUUUAAGGAAAGAGAUGGAGGGUUUUGAAUUAGGGAAGGUAUCUUAUGUCAUGAACUUGACAUGGUCAGCUAUAAUAUGGCAGCUCUAUGCUAUUGGUGCAGUAGGGUUGAUUUUUGAGGCCUCUUCUCUCUUCUCCAAUGCCAUAAGUGUUGUGGGUUUGCCUGUUGUUCCAGUUCUAGCUGUGAUAUUCUUCCAUGACAAAAUGGAUGGGAUUAAGGCAAUGGCCAUGGUUUUGGGCAUUUGGGGCUUUAUUUCAUAUGUUUAUCAGCACUACCUUGAUGACCGCAAGUCCAAGACAGAGAGCAACAAUGCCACUGGUGAAGUUUCUAAAGCUUUCCCACUGGAGAACAUCAACGAAAGCUGGUCAACUCCCAAUCUAUGUGGGAGUAAAGAAGCCAACUCCCAAACCAUUAGAGCAUGUCCAGCGCAGGACCCAAACUGGGGGAAAGGGCCCCCUGGCGAGCCCGAGAUGGCUCCAGCGCAAGAGAAGCAGCCUGGUUUCGUGGUGGGUCCCAUCAGCCCGAGCAAGCCCAAGGGCAACUUCUGCCUGGGCUGA